AUGCAGCGCAGCGGCCUCGUCGUCGUCGGCGCCGCCGCGGUCGCCGCGACCCUCGUCGCCGCGCGCCGGCACCGGCGGCGGCGCGAAGAGGCGCUCGACCCGGCCUGGCGGGCGAUCAAGGCCUUGGCGGCGGCGGCCGCGCGCCGCGAGCCGGCGAUCGCGUGCUGGCUGCGGGCGGCGGUGCUCCGCCGCGACUCGCUGGACGCGGCGCUGGCGCAGAUCCUCGCGCUCAAGCUGGGCAACGCGGAGUUCGGCGCGCGGCGCUGGGCCGCGCUCCUGACCGGGGCGUUCCGCCGCGUCGACGGCGCGGAGACGCGCGCGGACCUCGACGCCGUCGUCAACCGCGACCCGGCCUGCGCGGACGCGCUGCACUGCCUGCUCCACUUCAAGGGCUUCCUGGGGCUCCAGCUCCACCGCUGCGCGCGCGCGCUCUGGCUCGCGGGCGACCGGCGGUCGGCGCUGCUCUGCCAGAGCCGCGGCUCGGAGGUCUUCGGCAUGGACGUGCACCCGGCGGCCCGGGUCGGCGCGGGCUGCCUGAUCGACCACGCGACGGGCCUGGUCAUCGGCGAGACGGCCGUCGUCGGCCGGGACUGCUCGCUCUUGCACGGCGUGACGCUCGGCGGCACGGGCAAGCAGCGCGGCGACCGCCACCCGAAGCUCGGCGACCGCUGCCUCGUCGGCGCGCACGCGUCGGUCCUGGGGAACGUGCGCGUCGGCGCGCGGUCCAAGAUCGGCUGCGGGAGCGUCGUCCUCGCCGACAUCCCCGCGGGCGCGACGGCCGUCGGCGUGCCCGCCAAGGUCGUCGGCCGCUCC